GCCUUUACAAGCCACGCGAUCGGCCGGACAUGCUGUUCACCAGCUUCAGUCUUCACACGAUACCCAUAUUUUUGCUGACGACCCUACUCGUUCCGUCAACCGUCAACGCCUACGUAUGCGGGCUGACGUCGGGCAGCCGCGUCGUGGGCGGCGUCAAGGCGCCGGCCUACGCCUACCCGUGGUUCGCGGAGCUGCUACUGCGCGGGGAGCCCGACAACGGCGUCUGCGCAGGCGCGCUCAUCUCCCGCCAGCACGUCCUCACCGCCGCUCACUGCUUCGUCGGGAUACUGGAAGGUGUUCCCGACGACAAGAAGUAUAAGGUCGCGCUGGGGAUGUCCAACCAGUGCGUCAACCAGAACACGAGGAAGAUCUACGACGUGGCCCGCGCGGACGUUCACGAGCGCUACACUUCGGCAGGGAACGACUACGACAUCGCCCUGCUCACACUCAAGCAGCCCGCGCAUUUCAUGCCGCUCUGUCCUCCGUGGGAAGUGCAGGGAGCUAGCCGGCUGAUGUUGUGGGGCCGGCCGGCCGACGCGCCGAAGCCGCUGGUGCUGCCCGACGACGGCGGGCGCACCGGCCUGGUGGCCGGCAUGGGCACGACGCGGCCCGGCGUGUCCAGCAGCACGCCCUGCGAGAUCCGGCACGCGCUCGUCACCGUCCUCACACGCCGCGAGUGCCUCAACACGCGCCUGCCGCGCGUCGAGGCCAUGCAGCCCGGCAUCAUCUGCGCCGGAGAGCUGGCCGGCGGCGUCGACACCUGCCAGGGAGACAGCGGUGGUGCGAUGAUGACCAGGUCUGGCCGCCAGUACGUCGCUACAGGCAUUGUGUCGUACGGCUACGGCUGUGGGCAGCGCAACAUGCCCGGCGUGUACACGAACGUGUCGUACUACAAGAACUGGAUCGUGAAGCACAUGGGCGCCGGCUACCAGCAGCGCCUGCGCUCCAGGACCGACGCCGCUAGGCGGGCUGGCCAGAGAAGGGGCAGCGCCGCUGCGAACGCCGACUGAACCUCGUCCCACGGCGGUCACCACUGCUGCCCGAAGGCGCGCCUUCACGCUAAUCCUCGUGACCACUCACCGCGCGACCGUCUCCCGAUGUCAUUACUUUCAAAUUAUCUGGGACUCCGUAGCCGCGAUUAAGUACAUAAUGAACGUGCCUCCCAAAUUCAAAUGAACGUUCUAUCGUUGUUCCUUUGUUUGAGUUCCUCGGUACGUAGAUAAGGAGAUGCUUUUGACGCUUAUUAACGCCAUUCCGUGUUUCCGAUAUUUCAGUAAACAGGACUUGGUUCCACACAAAUUAAAUUAAAUAGUAGGUUUCUCGUAGACCAGAGAAAUAAUUUUUUUUUUUAAAUAUAUUGUAGCCUUCUUUUGAAAAACCAAUUUGUUAGCCAAGAUAUCUAUGUUGACACAAUUACUGUAGUAGUAGUUUCGCCAUAUCUGUUGCCUUCCUCAGUUCUAUAAAAAGAAAAUAUGUCGAGGUUGCAGGUUACAGUAUGCACUAUGCUAAUUUCAUGUUACAUUUCUUCUGUCAAUUCCAAUGUUAGACAGAAAUGUGACGGUGUUACAGUAGUUGUUUGUAAUUGAUGUCAGCCAGUGCAGAGAGCCAUCUCGUGGUACCUCUCAGUAACAAACCCUGACAGUUGCAGCGGACUGGGUGCGGGAGCUCUUCGGGCUGACCUCAACCAAUAGUGUAACGCGAUUUUGUAAACAUCUCUAUGGCAACGCUUCAGUGUUGUCACAGCUCUGUAGGCGGCUAAUGUUUUCGCCUGCAGCCGUUAGCACUUCACAGUUGAAAGCUGGCAACAGCGCUGUGAGCUGUCAGGGAUCUUCUUAUGCCAUCUCGACUAUAGCUUGCAUUAUACUCCAAAUCCAGUAGUCAGUUGCUCUGUCGCAGUCAACACAGCUUUAGACCGCAAAGCGGCAUGAUGUGUCAUGUACCUGUCUUGUUGGCGCCAUGCACACUCAAUGUUGUGCAUACUUUAAGACGGAAUACCUGGCAUGUCAUUCUAGCGCCUCAACUUGUUUACGGCAUGCUUUCACUUAAAAAAUUUUGCCUGUUACAGAUAUUCAUUAUUAUAUGUUGACUUUGGAUUGUAUCCGCCCAUAUGAGCAUAAUUUUAUGAGAAUUGUUAUUUUACACCAUAUUGCAUAUUUCUCAUAUGACAGAGUGGUGUAAGGAUUGUACAGGUUGUGAUACAAAAGUUUCAAUACUUAACUCAGAACUAGAAAUUUAUUGAACAUUUAAGUACAGUGGACUAAAAUUCUUCAAAAUAUGAUCCUUCAGCAUCAACAUAGCGCUGCCAGCGCGUCUUCCACUGUUCGUAGCCUCGGGCAUUAUGCCGUCAAGGGCGCUAGUUGAAGCCUGCUGGAUGUCGUCGAUGGAAUCGAAUCGCUUCCCUUUUAGGCCUGUCUUGAUUCAGGGGAAGAGGAAAAAGUCACUUGGAGCCAAGAAGGAGCUGUAGGGUGGCUGCGGCAGUGUUGGCACGUUGUCAAAACUUCGGCGGCGGUGUCCAACGUGUGAGCGGGCACGUUGUCGUGGUGGACAAUCCAAUCGCCCUUGAUCGCCAGGCGGACGCGGCGAACUCGAUCCCUCAAGCGGCAGAGCACUCACACUAAGACGACGGUCAUUGUUUAAAAGUUCCCUCACUCUCUCCACAUUUUGAUCCGUUCGGCUUGAUGAUGGCCUCCCAGAGCGGUCGUCGUCUUCAACAUUGCUGCGGCCAUCUUUGCAUCGGACAUGGCUUCUUCCUUAAAGGCCUCUUGAAUCAUACCAAUAAUCUCCGUGGUCGGUUUGUUCAGACGCACGCAAAACUUAAUCGCAUAAUGCUGCUCCAAGUGCUGCUCCAUUUCCGACUCUCCCACUUUUCGACCGAGCUCAAUGACACGCACUCACGCUACAAGCGAUACGCACUCUCUAGGGCUCUGGAGGUAACUGCCACAGUGUCAUUUCGUUCCCUGAGACCCCCGUUACUUCCCCCACCCGGCGGAACCGGUCCGCGCGCGCUCCCCUACUCAGAAAUGAAUCAGUCUUGAAACUUCUGAAUCACACCUUGUAUGAUGUAACUACCACUGUCUGCGUAAUUUUUGUCAUAGAACCAUUGCAAUGCCCUACUACAUUUUUAAUUUUUUGAGUGUAACCCUGUAAACUCGACAAAAUGUUCAAAUUUGUGUGUGAAUUCCUAAGGAACCAAACUGCUGAGGUCAUAGGUCCCUAGACUUACACACUAUUUAAACUAACUAAACCUAAGAACAACACACACACCCAUGCCCAAGGGAGGACUCGAACCUCCAGCAGGAGAGGCCGUAAUCUCGACAUAUUCACUUUUUAUAGAUCUGAGGAUGGCAAUCCAUAUUGCCAAAAUUACUAAUCCAGUAUUGAUAUUAACAUAGCGAUCCUGCCACAUAAAUUGGUUUUCAAAAGAACACUACAACACAAAAUUCUAGAUCUCCUCUUGAGCUAAAUAACGAUGUCAAGUGACCACAAAAAAUUUGUUCACUUGAUAUAAGAACUUCACGAAAGCUAAAUUCUGCAUUACAUUACUAAUUUUUUUUAUUUGACCUCCAGAGUUUGUACUCUGUUUAGCUAUACAAAACACAUGUUUGCGUGGAACACAUAAUUUUACAGAGAAAAUAAAUCCAUAUUUACAGAAUUUAAAGCUCAGCCGCCACAAUUAUUUUUUUUCAAAAACAAAAUUUUAACAAAUAACAUGACAAGUAGACAUUAUUGUAUUAUCAAUUGACACUAUUUC